AUGCCACGUUCGUCAUCAAACACAGCCGCUGCGUCGCGAAGUGCGAGUAAGCGACUGAUCAAAGAGCUGGAGACAUGGAGUAGAGAACAAAAGGAAGAGAAGGGCAUUGAGCGCCUCGGACCUGUCAACGAAGGCGAUUUGAUGGAGUGGGAAGCUGUCAUCAACGGCCGGGACAUUGGACAAGGUUAUGAUGAAGGACGCUGGCUCGUCAACAUCUCCAUCCCAUCGACGUAUCCCCUCGCGCCGCCCAAGAUGACCUUUGUUACACCUAUCGUACACCCCAACAUUGCGCUGCAGAAUGGCGAAAUCUGUCUUGAUCUUCUCAAGGAUGCUUGGACUCCGGCUUACAGUGUCCUUGAAUGUGUGCGCGCCGUGCGCAUGUUGCUUGGAUGCCCCGAGACUGAUAGUCCCCUAAAUGUCGACGUCGCGGCGCUGCUCCGCUCGGGUGACGUGCUUGAUGCUCAUCUAUUCCGCAGUCCUUCCAUGCUCAAGCUUUCUUACUAG